AGAUUAAACAUCUCAGAAAGACUUGAAACAGAUAACUCGCUAGUACGAAUCUCCGAGACAAAACUAAGUGAAAUGCAUAUAAACCGGGGAGACAUUUUGCGAUUGCAAGGAAAGUUGAGACGGGAAUCUGUCUGCAUGGUCGAGAAAGACGAUGCUUUAGAUAACAAUUCAAUAGUUGUCAAUGAAUGCGUCCUCUAUAACCUCAAUGUGAAACCCUUACAGGAAAUAAAAGUUUCAGUAAUAUAUGACAUCGAGCCAGGAGCGUUUAUACAUGUUCAGGCCUUUGAUGAUUGUACCAAUGAACUCAACAAUGAGGACCUACUCAACAAAUUUUUGAAGCCUUAUUUCGAUCGUGCUUUUCGGCCACUCAUGAUUGGAAACGUGUUUGGAGUUAAAGAUUCUGAAAAUAGAAAAGUGGAUUUCAAAGUGGUGGCCACAUUUCCUUCGCCAUAUUGCAUUGUCUUUCCUAAAACUAUUAUUAAUUGCUUACCAACUUUAGCUAAAAAAAAGGAUGAAAACUGCGAUCCUAUGAAAGUUGGUUACGAAGAUAUUGGAGGGUGCAGUCAAAUUAUUGGCGCCAUCAGAGAAGUUGUUGAAAUACCACUUCUUCAUCCAGAGAUCUACGAUGCUUAUGGAAUAGAACCACCAAAAGGCGUGUUGAUGUAUGGACCACCAGGCACUGGUAAAACUUUGAUUGCCCGAGCAAUAGCUCAAGAAACCAAAGCUAAUUUUUUCUCAAUUAAUGGACCAGAGUUGUUAAAUAAGUUUGUUGGCCAAUCAGAAAGUAACUUGAGAAAAAUUUUCAGCGAAGCGAAUCAAAAAUCUCCAUCUAUUAUUUUUAUCGACGAGAUUGACUCAUUAGUCCCAAAACGUAGCCAAGCCGUUGGAGAUCUUGAAAAACGCAUGGUUGCUCAAUUGUUAACGUUGAUGGAUGGUGUUUCUCGCAGGAACAAUGUCAUCGUCAUAGGUGCCACCAAUCAACCAAAUUCGAUUGAUCCAGCGCUCAGAAGAUAUGGCAGAUUUGACCGUGAAAUACAUGUACCGCUGCCAGACUGCGACGGUAGAUUGGAGAUUUUGAAGAUUCACACGAAGAAAAUGAACCUCCACGAAAAUGUUGACUUGACAAAAUUAGCGAAAGAAACACACGGAUUCUCUGGAGCUGACUUGGCAGGCCUGUGCAUGGAAGCGGCCACUUUGCAGAUCAGGGAUAUUCUCAAAGAUAUAGAUUGGAGUAAAGAGAGAAUUGAUGUCGAUCAGUUCGAAAACAUUCCAAUCAGUCUCAAAUUUUUUGAAAUGGCGAAACGUUUGAUUACACCGACUGGUCUGAGGGAGCUGACAGUUGCAAUACCGCAUGUGUCAUGGAACGAAUGUGCUGGUCUCAAUAAUGUUAAAAAUGGAUUAAUGGAGCUUAUUCGCUUUCCUUCAUUGUACCCAGAAAUGUUUGAACGUCUGGACAUUACUCCCGCCAAAGGAGUGUUGCUUUUCGGUCCACCUGGUUGUGGGAAGACCCUGAUCGCGAAGGCACUUGCAAGUGAAUGCGGAAUCAAUUUCAUAGCAGUCAACGCAUCACAACUGAUGAGUAUGUGGUUUGGAGAAUCAGAAUCCAACGUAAAAGAACUCUUUGCUAAGGCAAGAGCUUCGCGUCCGUGCAUUUUAUUCUUUGACGAAAUUGAUUCGAUAGCAGCGUCGCGGUCGAUGGAGCCGAACAGUGGAGCAGCAGGACACGCUGCUGACAGAAUCGUCAAUCAAAUAUUAAUUGAAAUGGACGGAAUUACUGAUAGCAAUGGUGUUUUCGUCAUUGGUGCCACCAAUCGUCCAGACAUAAUUGAUCCAGCAAUAUUAAGACCUGGCAGAAUAGACAAACUGAUUUACAUUCCCUUGCCAGAUCUUCAAUCGCGAUUGUGUAUUUUUCAAUCGAAACUCAGUAACUCGCCGAUCGAUAACACAGUGAACUUAAAACACCUGGCUGAGAGCACACCUGGAUUUAGUGGAGCGGAUAUUGGUGAACUGUGUAGGAAGGCGAAGCAUUACGCGAUGCGAGAAUACAUCGAUUCAAAUGUUAGUACUUUCAAACAAACAAAUAUAAAUACUUUCAAAUAUUUCAAACAAUUAAAUCAUAAUUUCAACAAUAUGAUGAUAAGUGGCCAUCACUUUGAAGAGGCUCUCCGAAAUUCCUCCAGAUCAGUGAGCGAGGCUGAAGCAAACAUUUUUGAUGCUUAUGAUGCGUCUGUCAAAGAAGGCAGAAGAUUCAACAAAUUUUUUAACCAAAACAAGUAUACACAUUUUUAUAAAUUUAAUAAGUUUAUUUUAUUAAAUUUAUUUUUUUAA